AUGGAAGAAGUUGGACAGGACCCAUUGGAUGAUGUGCAGGAGAUGAUGGAAAUACCGAAAUUAGAAGUCACAAAACAAAACCUUGACUACUUGAACUCAGACCUUGAAAAGGACCUGCAGAGACUGGAUGAGGCAAAUCAGGUCCUUAUCAAAAAAAUUCAAGAGAGAGAAGAAACUAUUCAAAGUCUGGAAAGAGAGAUUAACCUGUCAGCAGGACAAGCCAGAGAGAGUGAGGAGCUGAACAACAUCACAUCUGAGACAGAGGAAGCCCUGAGGGAUCUGGAACUGGAGACGGCAAAGCUGGAAAGGAAUAAGGAGAUCCUACGAAAGAAUGUGAUGGAGGUUCAGAAGAAGAUUUCCAGGAGAUUUAAGAAUGUUGGCCUUGAUAAAGAAGCCCUAAAGCAGAUGUUGGCAGAGUUGAAGGUGAAACUUCAAAAGUCAACAGAGUCCUGUGCAAAUCAAGAGAAGGAACUGGUCAAGAUAGAGAGUGACUAUCAAUCUGUGUAUCAGCUCUGUGAGGACCAGGCCCACUACAUAAAGAAAUACCAGGAAAUUCUGAGGCAGAUGGAGAAGGAAAAGGAGGUGCUCCUUCUUGAAAAAGAAGUAAUCAAAGCCCAGAACAACUCCUCCCAAACUGUGAAACCUGGGUCAAUUCUGGUGGAGACCAUCCAGAGCAACAUGGAGAAGACCAUCAUUAAAAAACAGAAGAGAAUCUUUUGGUACAGGCAUUUCAGGUGUCUUGUCUUCAUGGUCAUGAUCUUCAUGAAGCUGCUGGGUUAUGUGCUUUUCUACCUGCAGUACAUACACCCAGACCUCCUUGUGGAUGCCCUGCCCUUGGUAAUGAGCAGAGACACCUUGAAGAGGCUGAGGGACAUCUUAUUUCCCUUCCUCACUCUAGAGGUGGAAGAAGUUCUACCACAUUAGUCUGGAGUGGCCUGGGGGUGUCAUGCAGCACCUGAGUGGGUGGGAGGAGGGGCAUGGCUGAGGCCCCAAGUGGGGGCUGGACCAGGAAGGAAGUGGGAGCUUUGACUCAGAGCUGCUGCUUGGACCCCAAACCUCUUCAUUCCAUCCCCUUCCCUCGCUUUCCCUCCAGAGUGUCUCUCUUUCAAAUAAAAAAUAUGUUUGACCAGAGCUCACUGUGUUGGUGGUCUAUGAAAUUGGUCUAUGGGUUCUUUAGGGAAGAUAACACAUUACCUUUCCUAAAGCUCUUUUAUGAAGUUCCCUGGUGGUUCA